CGAAAAAUGGACCGGAAGGAAGUAAUCCAGAGUUUGAAAAGCUUUAUCGACGAUGCAGAAAGUAGGAUCACUUCCAUUCUGGAAUCGUACGGCUGGACAAAAGAAAAUAUUCUUCAAACAACCGUCACGAGUCAACGCGAUGCGAACCGCCAGGUAGAGGACAGUAAAGCACCCGCUGAUGAAGAGUUUCUCCCGUCCAGCUAUCCUGCAGAUAGUCCAUAUUCGAUCCAUAUGGAUACCGUCAAGCAGGCCGAGGCGAUACUGGAAGACUUUUACCAGAAUCCUGCCCUCGAGCUAGGCGUGCCUUUGGAAGAUAUUUGCUCACGCAAUCCACCAUCGAAUCUUGCCGAGCUACAGAGAGAUUUUACGCGCGAGGAACGAUUAUCAUUGUAUCGACAUGCAGUCGAGAAUACUCGCAAAAUGCCGGAAGUGCAAGACAUCGUUAUAAACUACAACAAUGGAGACUCUUCUUCCGGUGGAAGGGGAACUGCGACGCUAACAGAGCUAGCAGCUAUUGAACGAGAUGCUCGUCGCCGUAACCUCAAGCAUCGAGUGGCCAAAAAUCCGCUAACAUACACAGAAAAAAUCCGACAAUUGAUUCACCUUCAAUCGGAAACGUUGGCAAAGCAUUUUCACCAAACGAAUCCAAAACCAGACGCAGAAGAGACUACCAAACGGAGGAAGCGAACGCACAGGGAACGAUCACGGUCGAGAUCCGCGGACAGAGCUCGGAGUAAAAAGAAGGCUAAAAAGCGAGACCGAAGUCGAUCACGGUCCAGACACAAGAAGCGGAAACGCCAAUCCCCAUCUAGCUCUCUAGAACGGAAGACCAAGAAACACAAGAAGAAACACGAUCGAUAG